AUGGCGCCUAAGUCUUCUGAUCCCACAGAGGUGAAGGAGCGUCGUCGUGAGCAAAAUCGCCUUGCACAGCGCAGGUUUCGACAGAGAUAUAGCCAGCAGAAGGCUGUAGUGCCACAGUAUCAACUCAUUCACAGUCUGAGCUUUGAUUCUCAGUCUCAUGGAACACAGCCCGGAGAUGCAGUAUUGCCCGAUACUCCAGGAUUGUUAAGCAUGAAUCCCAUGGGAGGCCCUCCUGACGGCCAUCAUCGGAGCGUGUAUGAAGUAAAUGCGGAUCUAUUUCUCGACGGUUUCGAGUUCAGUAGCAUGAACAGUCUUCCCGCGUCGGACCUGGAUAUGAUUCCUGCAAUAAACGGUAUGCAGCCCACACCAGCCGCAUCUGAACCAGCGAUGGAGAUUCGCAACCCCUUUACAUUCAAUGAGUCCUCUAUUCCGUCGGAAAACAGCAGCAGUAGCGAAACCACAACAUGCAAGCCUGUUAGCAAUAACUUUGGCGGGUCUUGGGCCAGUCCGCUCCACAGAGCCGUCCAAAUGGGUCACAGCAAGAUCGUCCGGCUUUUGCUUGAACACAAUGCGGACUGCAACGAAAGGGACAGCGAUGGUCUGACGCCAUUAAUACACGGCAUAAUCGGAGGAUAUGAAGACGUGGUAGAUAUGCUGCUGUCGCACGGUGCCCACAUCGGUGGCUUCGACGACGAGCAUCGAUCGGCUCUCCACUGGGCCGUAAUACGCCGCCGGGACCGCUUACUAACAAGGCUUUUGAAGCACUGUGCAGGGAAUAGCACCUUGGUGAAUCAAUGUACCAAAGAUGGAAGGACUCCGCUGCUCAUUGCUAUUGAUACUGGCUUUGAAGCAGCUGUAGAGGUAUUGCUGGAAUCAGGUGCAGACGUGCAAUACAGAGCUCCGGCUCAUGAAAUUCUCCAACAGAGUUGA